GCUAUAUUCAUGGUGGCGGGACGGGUGUGCUGCGCUCGACGGCGAAAAUCGAAGACAGAGAGCGGCGGCAAUCCAGCGACAAUCACUCUUGCCAACUUCAACUUGCAAUCAUCGCAGCGCACGGCAAGUUGAAGUUGCCUUGGACAGCAAUGCACAUGGAGGAGAUUUCUUCCCGGCGCUUAGUGCUCUGUUUCAGACCGCAUAUUUAGAUCCUCACCAGACAGCAGCAAGCGUCUCUUGGCAAUGAAUGAAGAGCAGACGCCCGACCAAGCUACGGUGGAGACUGGAUGGGAAGUGCGGCAGGACGACACCAGCGGCCAGGCGUACUACUGGAACUCCAUCACAGGAGAGACGUCAUGGGAACCCCCACCGCAUCUCGUUGGUGCUGUCGAAGAGUUUGCCGGUGCGAGUGAGAUCAUCCCUCCGUGGACUCAGGCUUAUGACGAUAGCGGCCGAGUUUACUAUCUCAACACGGGAACGAUGGAGACUCGGUGGACGCCACCGCCAACUGCUGGCGAACAGCUCGGAGAAGGUGAAGCC